GGCCCCUGCGCGUAGCUCUUCGCGAGCUGCGCGCCGCGCCCCCAGAAGAGCUAGCCGAAUCCAUUGCAAAGCAAUGGCAGCAACAGCUGCUGCAGCGGAGCCGGCUGCGGGCGGCGCAGUCGACGCCCUGCUGCUGCACCAGCAGCGCCCCGCCGCGGCUGCGCGGGUUGCUGCGGCUGUCAUCGAGAAUCGGGCGCGCGAGGUGGGCCUGGCUGUGUUGGACCCGGCGCGGCUCAGUCUGCGCCUGACCCAGUUCAUAGAGCCCGGCAGGUCGUACGCGAUAACCGCCAUGCUGUUGGAGAUGGUGGAAGCAACGGAUGUCGUGGUGGUUGCGGCGGUUGAUGGCGGCGGGGGCGGCGGCGGCGGAGGGAGGGCCGCGUUCCACGAGGCGGGGUUGAACCGCACAGUGACUGGCUGGGCGGCGGCGGCGGCGGCGGCGAGUGGUGGCGGCGGAGGCGGCGGUGGCUUCGGCGUACACGCCAUGCCGCGGUCCUGCUUUGACGACACGCAGGGCGGCCGCCUGCUGUCCGAGUACGCCACACCCGACAGCGCCGCCGCCAUGCAGCUGCACUCGGCGGCGGCGGCGGCCAGUGGCGGCGGCGGUGUGGCGGGCUCCGCCGCCGCAAGCCGUACGCUGCAGUACCUCGCACUGGGCGCGGCCGGCGCCCUGCUGCACUGGGCGCUGGGACCCGAGGCCGUCCACUGCGCCCUCGGCGGAGACAGCGGCGGCGGCUCUGGCGGCGGCGGUGGCGGCGGCGGCGGUUCGGGCCGUAGCCGGCGUGGCCGGCGCGGCGGCGCAGCCGCCGCCGUCCUCGGUGACCCGUACGGCGGCGCGGCGGCGGCGGGGGCGGGAGCGGCGCCACCACCGCUGGCGCUGCGGCGGGGUUGUCUGCGGCUGGAAGCUCUUGAUGCGGGUCUGUACAUGCGGGGCCUCACGGGACCCGGCGGCCUGGCAGAGGCGCUGGAGGUGGUGGGUGGCGGCGCGAGUCUGCAGCGGCUGCUGGGGGCGGGUGUGCGCACGCGGGCGGGGGCGCGGCUGCUGCGCUCCAGCCUGCUACAGCCGCUGGCAGACGUGACCAGCCUCAGCAUGAGGUACGACGCGGUGGAGGAGCUGCAGGGCGAGGGCGGGCGGCUGGGCUUCGAUGUGGGUCAGGUGCUGAGUCAGCUGCCGCCCGACCUGGACAAGAUGUGCUACAGCCUGGCGGCGGCGGGGCUGGCGGCGGCGGCGGGGGCGGGAGCUACUGCCGGUGGCGGCGGAGGAGGAGGAGGCGGAGGGUCAGACCCAAGCCGCGGCAUCGGCGCCCUUGUUCAGGCGCUGCUGCUGCUGCGGUGCGUGCUGGCGCUCACGGAGCCGCUGGCGGAGGCGCUGGAGGGCGCCCGGAGUCCGCUGCUGGCGGCGGUGCGCGCCCACUGCCGCAACCCCCAGCUGGCCCGGCUGCGGGAGCGCAUCGACCAGGUGUUGGACGAGGAGGCGGCUGCCGCCACCUCCCGCGGCGCGCCCUUCGUGUCUCGCGUUCAGCAGUGCUUCGCCGUGCGACUGCCCGGAGGCAGCAGCGGAGGCGGAGGCGGAGGCGGUGGGGUCAGUGGGCACGGGGGUGGCGGGGGCGGUGCUGCAGACACGCCGAUGGGUCAGGGAGAGGGCGAGGGCGAGGAACUGGAAGGGGAGGGCGGCGCCGGGGCCGCGGCGGCGGGGCUGCUGCGCCGCCACACACAGGCAUGGCGACAGGGGCAGCAGCAGGGGCAGGUGGGCCAAGAGGGCCAAGAGGGCCAAGGGCGACAAGGGCGACAAGGGCGACAAGCCCGUCAACCUGGCGGCGCCGCUGCCGGCGGCGCCGCCGCUGGCGGCGCGGCGGCAGUAGCACGCGAUGGCGACAGUGACGACGGCGACGAGGGGGAGGCUGUAGCAACCGCCGCCGCAGCCGACGAGUACGGGGGGCUGCUGGCAGUAGCACGCGGCUGCCUGUGCCGCCUGACGGAGGCGGUGCACCAGCUGGGGCAGCGCUACGGCGAGCAGUGGGGGCUGCCGCUCAAGGUGUGCUACAGCGGCCGCAAGGGCUUCUACCUCACUCUCAACCAGCAGCAGCGUCAGGACGAGGGACCUGGCGGCGGCAGCCGGGGCGGUGGCGGCCGCCGGCGUGGCGGCGGCCGUGGCGGCGGCGGCGCUGGUGGUGGAAACGGCGGAGGAGGGGGGCUGCGGCAGCAGGCGCAGCUGCCGCCCGAACUACUGGUUUUGGAGCGCCGCGGGCGAGGCACGCUGGUCCUGACCAGCCACGAGCUCAACGCGCUCAACUCGCGGCUGCGGGAGGCGGUGGCGGACUGCUUGCUGCUCACGCGCCAGCUGCUGGAGGCGGUGGUGGUGGAGGCGGUGGGCGGGGCCAUGGCGGCGCUGCAGCGGCUCACGGACGGAGUGGCGCUGCUGGACAUGCUGGUGGGCUUUGCGGCGGCGGCGGCGCCGGACGGGCCUCUGGGUCCCUGCUGCCGCCCCCAGCUGCAGCCGGGCGGCCCCCUGGCCAUUGUGCAGGCCGCCGCCAACGGCGCCUUCCAGUCCUCCGCCUCCCGCGCCAGCGUCGGCGGCCGCGCCGCCGCUCCCCCUCUGUCGCCGCCGCCGGCGCCUCCUCAGCCCAACGACACCUUCCUGUCUCCCGCCAGCGCGCCGCUGCACCUGGUCACGGGGCCCAACAUGUCCGGCAAGUCCACCUACCUGCAGCAGGUGGGUCUGCUGGUGGUGCUGGCCCAGGCGGGCUGCCCGGUGCCGGCGGCGCACUGCUGCCUGCCGCCCUUCACGGCGCUGCUGGGGCGGCUGGGCACAGCCAUGGGCGGGGGAGCCGGAGCCGGAGGAGGAGCUGUUGGAGCCGGGGCAGGAGGAGGCGGAGGGGGAGGGGGAGGCGGAGGGGGAGGCUGGGGCCGAGGUGGCGGGGCAGGAGGGGGAGGGGGAGGUCCGCUGGGCGCCUCGUGGGCGCCGGAGGACGACCUGGAGUCGGGGCGGAGCAGCUUCCUCACAGAGAUGCAGGACGCGGCGCACGUGCUGUCGGCCGCCGGACCUCGCAGCCUGGUGCUGCUGGACGAGUUGGGCCGCGGCACCAGCACCGCGGACGGCGUGGGGCUGGCCUGGGCGAUCGCGGAGGAGCUGCUGGCCCGCGGGUCGCCCUGCCUGCUGGCCACCCACUUCCGCCAGCUGGCCGAGAUGGCGGUGCUGUACCCGGCGGCGCGCGUGUGGAAGCUGCAGGUGGACACGUCAGGAGGGGAGCUGGACUUCCGCUGGCUGCUGCAGCCUGCCGCGGCGCUGGACUACUGCCACUACGGACUGCUGCUGGCGGCGGCGGCGGGGCUGCCGGAGGAGGUGGUGGCCGAGGCGGGCAGGGUCGCUGCGAUGCUGGAGGACGCUGAGCGGCGGCGGCUGGAGCUGUGCGCCGCCGCCAGCGCGGACUGGGCGGCGGCGGCCGCCAUAUGCAGCAGGCUGGUGAUGCUGGUGCAGCACUGGCGGAGCAGCCACGGGGACCGCGCGCCCGGGGAUCGCGCCGUCGCCGUGCGGGGUGGCGCCGGCCGCGCAGGAGAGGGCGGCGCGGAGGGCGAGGACGAAGAGGGCGAAGAGGAUGAAGGGGACGGAGAGGGGCGGCAGCAGGGUGUGGCGGCGGCUCAGAAGCGCAGGCGGGUGGAGGAGGAGGACCAGGCGGAGCAGGCGGCCCUGCUGGAGGAGCUGCGCGGUCUGGCGGAGGCGGCGCUGCAGCUGGCGGGGGCGCAGUAGACCGCCGAUGUUUGCGCAGUUGACACGGCGGGGUCGAGUGUUAGGCUUCACGCCUACCUUGUUUUAGCGAUGCGCGAACACGAGUGAAGCAUGCAGAAUGGCCCCGCCGACGACCUGCCUCGCCCUGACUCCUGAGUCUCCAUCGAUUCUCUGCCACUCCCCACCUGUGUAAUCAAUCGUCAUG